UCCAACUGUCUUACAGAGGAAAAUAUGAAAUGUGCAUUGGGCCCUGGUGGAAUGCAUCACAUCGAUCAGGAUUCAUUCACAGGGCCUCCGGUCAGCUGUUCUUCCCAAAGCUUCAACUUCCAGUGGGAGGCUGGGACAGGGGGACGGAAGAGGAUCCCCCUGGAACCUACGAGCAGAGGAGGAGAUAGAACAGAAUGGAUGGGGACAUGGGACACAAACAGGUCAUGGACACAACAGGAGGAGGAUACCAUGGAAAACAAAAGAGAGCAGGAGGCAAAAUGCACUAAAAGCUAUCACAUAGCAGUGAAACCACAUCCGGACCUAUCCGCAUCCCAACACAUAACUAAUGCCAACGUGGCAUCGCCUGAGCUUGUUUCCAUUAGCGCUACACCGGCAAUCUGUGGAGUAACCAACCCUUCACAUGAAAGCAAGUGUCUCCCCAACAAAGAUCAUGUUAGAGAAAACAGUCCCAGUGCUAAUGUGGCUCCAAAACAAACUGACCAAAGUAAUGCAAAAGUGAAGGAACACAGUCCUCUUGGAAGUUGUGAAAGGCUUACGGCAUUAUCCAGAGGACCGGGUGAUGUGAGGCAUCUCUUGGCUCAUCCUCUUUUGGUGAAUGCCAUUCAGAAGGAGGUCCAAAAAGAGACACAAAACAAAAACUCUGCACGGCGACUGACUCAUUCAACAAUAUCACAAGCGCAAAGGCCAUUGCCUGAGCGAGAAACAGAUGGAACAGCACAAAUCAGCGUGCUGAAUGAACCCUGCGUGACAUUGCCUUGCAACACGGUACACUGCCAGAUAAUAAAAACAACACCAGCAUACACACGUCUUUCAUGUUCAAAGCAGACUAACAGCUCUUGCAUACAUCCAAAUCGAACAUGCACAUCCAGCAUGCCCAGUAACCCUACAGAGCCUAAUGCUUCACACAGCUACAUGGAGGAGGAGGAGGAGAAGGAGGAGGAGGAGGAGAGGUCCAGCAGCAGCGACGAUGAGGGAAAACUAGUUAUUGAACUUGAGUGAAACCAUAUGCUGAUGAGACUAUGGUGGCAAAACAUAUUAAAAAACUACAACCAUGACAGGAAAACCAAAAACACAAAAGCAUUCACUCAAAACAGAAACGGAAGGUCCUUAUUGAGUGUCACAUGCUCGCUGCUGAUUGGCUACAUUGCACGACAGUAUGAGAUACAACAGAAGACGGAGAGCCGGAGGAUGUUUAGAGUAUGAGGAAAUAUGACCCUAAUUGAAAUUACUCUGUGGUGAUGCAAACUCUAGCUCUAGGGUCCCCAGUUCAACAUUGAGCUUGGGUUAUAGUCUGUACAGACUUUUGCAUAUUCUCCUUAUGCCUGCAUGGGUUUACUCUGUGUUCUCCAGUUUCCUUCCACCUCCAAAAAACAUGUAUUUAGAUUGGCUAUCCUAAAUUGCCCCUAGAUGUGAAUGUGAGUGUACAUGGUGCCCUGCGAUAGCCUGGCAUCCCAUCUCAGGUGUAUUCCCACCAUGGGCACGUUUACACUUCCAGUUUAGGCUACACCCACUUUGGGUUUAAAUCCAAAUACCGAUACAAAUCUCAGACAGAUUGCAACACUAAAGGACCUUCUCUUUCUGUUUUUAGAUUUUGUGUUUCUGAAUGUGCUGUUGUGCAUUUUUGGUUUGUUAAUGUAUUUUGCACUUACAGGCCAUGCUUUAUACCAGUGAAACAUCUGGCUACAUUUUUAUCCAAGCUAACACCAAACUUUUACAAUGCUGAACAUGAUGUGCAGCAAACACAAAGGAAUGCACUUACCAAACUUACAAGACAUCAUUAAAAUGUUCACACAGAAAACAGGGAGUGAAUGCAUAAAGCUGCAUUCUCACAGUCAGUGGAGUUCUACAGGGUUCGGUGAUAAGCACAGUGAGGAUUUCAGGCAUAAGGAGAUUUAACAGACAAGAGGUUCAGCCUUUGAAACUGCCAUAACUGUAAACACAACGAGUCGUUAUUGCCAUCUUUUCCUGUCGUUCUGCUUCUUUUAUCAGGCUGCUGUUAAAUGUCAGUCAUUUCUAAGCAAAUGUUUGACUGAUAAGUGUAAACCCUUUACCUCUUGUCAUUUAACUAAUAAAAUUACAAACUGUUGAAAGACCA